GUGAAUUUUCAACCCCCUGCCGCUGUUUUGUACUGUUUUUGUACUUAUUUUGAUUAUUAUUUCUCAACCUUUUGUAAAUGUUGAAAUGUAUAAAUAAAGGUUUAUAAAAAAAGAAGAAGAAGAAGAAGCCACACGCUCAACGAAGAAGAGAGGGUUUGUUUUGAUCACGUGACCGGAAGUAUGAGUUGGAAGUCCACUGGUUUUAAGCUCAUGCGACACAAAUGUCAAAGUCCUAGAAGAAUAGAAGAAUAGCGCGGAACAACAUUAUUUUCUAUGAAAACAUCUUGCCUUUUAUUUUGUGCUUUAGUUUGUUGUCCUGACGAUCGGCCGUCUGGACUGUGAGCCGAGGCUACUUUUAGCUUGUUGGCUAGCUGCCUGCUGGACUUCAACCUUCUCCUUUUUUAUACAUCUUUUAAGUGCUUUCUUAUUUCUUGCCGUCUUCUCCUGACAGCAACAUCGUCAUUAUCGCAAAGGUUGAACAUGAACAGCAACUCAUGUCUCUGGCGACACUGAGGGCCUUCCCCCUGAGAGCCCCACUUUUGUCUGCUGCAGACGCAUUUUGGGGAGUGGCGGCGUUCCCUGAGCAAACAGGAUGUUGGAGGGUCUUGUCGCCUGGGUGCUGAACACAUACUUGGGAAAAUAUGUCAGCAACUUGAACACAGAUCAGCUGUCCAUUGCCCUCCUCAAAGGUGCAGUUGAGUUGGAGAACCUCCCUCUGAGGAAAGAUGCACUCAGAGAGUUUGACCUGCCCUUUGAGGUCAAAACAGGCUUCAUUGGAAAGAUUACUCUGCAGAUCCCGUUCUACCGGCCUCACAGCGACCCCUGGGUCAUCUCCAUGUCCCAGCUCAACCUCAUCAUCGGCCCUGCCCAGCUGCAGGAGUAUGACGACCAGAAAGAGAAAGAGGAGCAGAGGGAGCGCAAGAAGUAUCUCCUCAAGACUCUUGAAGACAAAUUCAAGAGUGAGUGUGAGCAGAGAGGAGAGUCUUACUGGUACUCUGUCACUGCAUCCGUGGUUACGAGAAUCGUGGAAAACAUUGAACUCAACAUCCAAGAUGUGCACCUGAGAUUUGAGGAUGACACCUGCAAUCCAGACAAGCCCUUCUCCUUUGGAGUCUGCAUCAACAACAUCUCUGCUCAGAAUCCUUCCAAAGACAAGGCCGGAAAUCCCUUUCGACAGAAGCAGCUGGAGAUCGAUGAUUUCAGGGUCUACUGGGAUACCCAAUGUGAAAUGCUGGCUAAACUCCCUGUCAAUCAGAUCCAGGAGGCGAUGACUCAGUGCAUGAAGACGUGGACUCAUCAGUACAUCUUUGAACCAGUGUGUGCCUCCGUCUUGCUCAGAAGAAAUGCUUCCAAGGAGCCUCUGAGGUUCCGACACACCCCGCGGAUUGAAGGCCAUGUUCAGCUGGAGACCAUGUCCAUACGCUUAUCUCAGGUCCAGUACCAACAGCUCAUGGCUUUCCUCAAGGAACUAUACCGCCGGGAAAGGGAGAUGCUUUACCGAAAGUGGAGACCCAAUUGCCCCAUCUCUGGAAACUGCAAGCAAUGGUGGAUGUUUGCCAUCCAGGCAAACCUAAGUGAGAUCAGGGAACAGAGGCGUAGAGGAAGUUGGACUUUUGCCCUCCAGCGUGCACGGGAUGUGCAGACUUACACCAGCCUGUACUUCAGGAAACUCAAAGGAGUCCCAUUGAGUCCCCAGGAAGAGAGUGAACUUGAGCGUGUAGAAGAGGAGCAAACAUUGGAGGAACUGCAGAGUCUCAGGGACAUUGUCCACGAAUGGUUUCGAGAACAGGAAGAAAUUGUUGAGAAUGUUCAGGAGGCCAGCAGUGAGCCGCAGCCUUGUCCACCCACCACAUCCAUCCCUAAGAGUGGAAGCUCUGGCAUGAUCCAGUACCUGCAGUCCUGGUUUCCUGGCUGGGGUGGCUGGUAUGGAGAUUCUCUGGAACCAGACCGAGGCCCCGAGGUGCUUCUGCCCAGCCCGUCUUCCUGGGAUAUUCUGGCAGAAACCGAUGACUUGUUUGACCCGUUGGAGGACUCCCAGACUCUGAACACAUUUACCAGGCGAGAUUACCUGUUUGCCCGACUGGAAUUCUUGCUGGAGAAAGGUAGCAUCACUCUGUUUCAUCAAGAAGGCCGGGAGGAGAUCCUGCAUGAGAGUGGAGUCAUCCAGCUGGAAGUUUCAGGCGUGAAGGUUGUUGUGGAGUCUUUGCCCCGCUCAGAGUCUUCUCUACUGUCUGUAAAACUGGGCGGAUUAUUCCUUAGAGACCUGACCACUCAUGGCACAAUCUUCCCAGUACUGGUGUCUCCCAAACUGGACAAGGUUGUCAUCGCUGUAAACCAGACAUCUGGCCAGUCCAGCAGCACCUCUGAGUGCUUGUCCUCACCGGUCUUUGAAAUGCUUUAUGAGCGUAACCCUGUGAGGUCCAAGUUCGAAAGAAGACUGGAGGUGAACACCAGCCCACUUAACAUCACCUACAACCCACAAGCCAUCAAGAAAGUGACAGAAUUCUUCUACAAAGGACGAGUCCAUUCCUCUGGUUUUGGCUAUCAGUCAGAACUGGAGCUGAAAGUGGCGGAGGCUGCCAGAAGGAAGUAUGACAAGUUGAAAAGGCAGACAAAGGCAGAAAUACGCCAAACUAUUGAUCAGCUUCUUGUGGGCGAAUUUAUUGAAAACAGUAAGCGUUGGACGAUGAAGCUGGACAUCUGUGCACCACAGGUCAUUUUCCCCGAUGAUUUCCAGUCAGGAGACCCAAUGUUAGUCAUCGUGGAUUUGGGCAGGAUUCUGCUCACUAACUCCCUUGAUGACUCUAAGGAUUUCAAAACUGCUCCACCUGAGAGGGAAGACCUAAGUGAUGAGGAGUACCAGACACCCCAUGGCACUCCGCCAGAGUCUCCACCUGAGCUUCAAGUGCCUCUGAAAGAUUGGCCAAAAUGUCCUGAACUCCCCAGCCUCGGCUCACCUGAAAACACAAAAUCCUAUUGUAGAAAGCUUUAUGAAAGAUACUCCUUGUCCUUCAAGGAUCUACAGAUAAUGGUUGGUCGCUACAAGGACAAUUGGAAAAACCUUCAAGAGAGUGAAGUGGGUCCGACCCAUGUGGUGGAGAAAUUUAAUGUGUUGUUGCAACUGGAGCAGAGGCUGCGUUACACGUCCGACCCCCAGCUCCCAGGGGCUGUGCUCUCAGGAACCCUGCCUGAUCUCAAGGUCCAUGUCAACCUGGAGAAGAUGACUGCUUUGAGGAGUUGUUUGGCGAGGCUGAGCAGUUCAGCAGUCAAUGCAGACAACCUCCACGAUAAAGAGAUCAAGUCUCCCGACCCUCUUACUCUCCGCCAUGAAAAGAUCUUUCAGAGAGAGGACAGUUCCUGGAAGAUACAAGGUUCAGCCAAGAACUUGACACAAAGCGUGAUGACAUUAGAGCAGCACACAAGGGAAGUUCUGGUGGAAUCCCGCCUACUGCUGGCUGAAUUCAACAUUAACUAUAUGCAGCUGGGUGUGGAGAGCGAUGGCCGCUACAUAUCUGUUUUGAAGGUAUUUGGCACCAACGCUCACUUUGUCAAGCGACCUUAUGAUGCAGAGGUCUCUCUUACGGUCCAUGGUCUCCUUCUGGUGGACACCCUACAAACCUAUGGUUCAGACUUCGACCUUCUAGUGUCCUCUCAUAAAAAUCUCAGUUUUGACAUCCCCACUGGCAGUCUUCAGGAAAGCCAGCCGUCUUCUCCAAUGUCAUACGACAGUAGGUCUUCUGAGCAUCAGAACCACCUUAAUGAGUCCUCUUCGGGUUUGCGCACGGAUAGAAUGUCAGGCCUUAGUUCCUUUCUUAAAGAUCAAGAGGUGCUGAUUAAACUGGAAUACCAAUUUGUUAGUUCAGACUGUCCUUCCAUGAACCUGGACAGUUCCCUUCAGGUGAUAAGCAUGCAGGUCAACAACUUGGACAUUAUUCUGAACCCCGAGACCAUGGUAGAGCUGCUGAAGUUCCUCCAAAAGUCUUUCCCCAAGGAGGAAAACCAAUGGGCGGCGUCAUUACAGCAACCUGCAGUACAGCCCUACGCCAAGGAAGAAGAUGGAACUUUCCAGUCGACAUAUGAUCAUAACAAAGAGCUGACUGUGGAGAUUCAUCGACUUAACCUCCUUCUCCUUCGAACGGUAUCCACAGGAGCUGUGUUGGGCGCUGAGAAGAAAGGCUUGAAGAUUGCAACUGCCAGCAUCACUGGCACCAAGGUUAAUGUUUCCUUAGGCAGUCGAAUGGACAUCAAUGGAUCACUUGGUGCCAUGCAGUUAGUAGACCUUACCCAGGAAGGAGGCCGAAGCCAGUUUGUAGUGAGCAUCGGCAAUGCAGAAGACAGCUCCUCAACUUGUGAAGGACUACCUUUGCUUGCUGAAAAAGAACUUUCUCCUUCAGAAGCCCUGAAUUUUCAACUCCAGGAGAAUUUCCAAGGGGACUGCACUUUACAUCUGCACAUGGCAUCCUUGCAUUAUAACCACUCAGCCAAGUUCUUGAUGGAGCUCAGUCUUUCCGCUAAUGAGGUGGAGGACAAUUUCCGCUCUAUGUUGAAAAGCGCUGCCACCAAAGUGUCAACAGUUCUUGUCACAAAGACGGCCGAGUACAGCGGUAUGUUCUCGCUCUUUGAGACACCCUCGCGAAGAAGUCGAACUCAGAGUCAAAGUUGGGCUUAUUCCAUGGAGGACGAGGAGGAUAUUUCCAUGGAGGAACCUGAAUCCACCUUGGAGACCUUCUUUGUGAAGUUGACCUUAAAUAUAAACAUCGAAUCACCAGUCGUGUCCAUUCCUCGAAAACCUGGACACCCUGAACUGCUGGUCGGGCACUUGGGCAGUAUAACUAUCCAGAACUUUAGCACUGGCCAACAGUCAGAAGGCGAGCUGUUGCAGGUGCUUGUGAAGGAUAUCCGCUUGUACUCACUAAACACCGGUCACUUGGUUCUGAAGAAGAUGCAAAGAGGGGAGAAAACUGGCAACUCGUCACCGUCCCAUAACAGAAGUCAGGAUGAACCUCAGUUCACACGCCACGACUUCUUUGAAUACCUCAGCCAAGGAAAAGCCUUCCAUAUAUUGAAAGACACCACGAUACAGUUCACACUGGAGAAGUCCCCCGUCCAUGAAGAUAUCCAGUUUACCUUUCUUAGCUCUAAAGAACCAUGCAAGAGCACGGGACUACUGAGAGUCGAGGGGAAAUUCAUCAAACCUGUUCAGGUGUUCCUGUGCAAGGCUGUGUAUGAACAGGUCCUGCAGACGCUGGAUCAUUUAUUUGUCAUUGAGGAGCAACGAGCUACGCCCAGUCAACCACCAACACCCCCGCCUCCAACACCUUCCUCCACCAGGCCUCACCGCUUCCCCGACCCCCACGGAGGACUGUUUGCCAAGGACCCUCCCUACAUCAGCCUGCCGCACUCACUGCUCUCCUCUCCUUUGCCUCUGCAGUCUCAAAAGCCGAGUCCUCAGUCUCCUGCCUUCACUCAGCUGAAAGUCACAGUGCACGUUGCAGAACUGCAGGUCCAGCUCAGUGCCGACUUGACCCAGGGCUCCCAAGGCUUGGUCAGUCUGCAAUUCCGUGACCUGGAGGGAGACAUCACCAAAGAGCAUCCACAUUUGUUGGAAAUCCAGCUGGUUCUGCGUUCACUGCUCAUGGAGGAUCUCCUGGAGCAGAACCCUGAGCAUAAACAUCUCAUGGUGUCCCGUGGAGCUCCAAAGCCUUCCACAUUCAGCCCCAAGGAGUACCUAUCUCAUAGCUGUCCAUCAGCAUCCAACGUCCAGUACCCAGACAUGCCCCGCUCUCUUCCUUCUCAUAUGGAAGAGGCCCAGAAUGUCUUCCAGCUCUACCAGAGGCAUGCCGCUACUUUGGCCAGUAGUCGCAAAACGAAGAAGGAUCCAGACUGUCCUAGCACUCCACCGCCCUCCCCGACUAACCCUGCAUCCUCCCCUCAGCCCACCUCAGAGUUUGACGAGUCCUUAGUUCACAUCAAUGUGUUGCUGGUGGACCAGAACCACCCGGAAUUCACCACCCGUUACGGAAGUGUGGGACGAAGCAUCGAUAUUGACUUUAACUGCCUGGACGUUUUAAUCACCUUGCAGACAUGGGUGGUCAUCCUGGAUUUCUUUGGAAUCGGCUCCACGGCAAACAAUCACGCAAUGAAGGUGGCGCCCAGCUCCCCUCAUUAUGUGCCAGGACAUCCUCUCUACGAGGCGGACGACAUGGAGCAGGACACCGGCGAUGCGGUCAACACCAAACUGGACCUCAAGGUUCAUGCCCUGUCGGUGGUGCUAAACAAGGAAGGCAACGAGCUGGCCAGAGCCAGUGUGAUCAAACUAUCCGCACACCUGCAAAUGUUGGAAAGCAACCUGGUAUUGACGGGCAGUUUGGGAAGUUUGUCCCUCAGCGACCUGACCCCUCACGGUGACCUCUACUGUGAACGCUUCACCACACGUGGAGGGGAAGCUCUCAUUUUUCAUAUCCAUAAGUACGGGCUGGCCGAUCCCUGCCUUGAACGAGAGUACGACAUGAAGGUGUCUCUGCUGAUGGCCUCUGUGCAGUAUGUGCAUACCCAGCGCUUCCAGGCCGAGGUGGUGGCCUUCAUACAGCACUUCACUCAGCUGCAGGACGUCCUUGGCAGGCAGAGGGCUGCACUGGAGGGCCAAGCCAUAAGGGAGCGUCCUCAGCGGGCCUCCAGGGUUCUGCUGGACAUCCAGGCUGGUGCUCCAGUCAUAAUCAUCCCAGAAAGCUCAAGUUCCAGCAGGGUGAUUGUGGCAAACCUCGGCCAGCUGGAGCUGCAGAACUGCUUCUUACCUGCCGGGGCUGGUGGCACUUUCUCCGGCCGAGACAAGGAGUCCACACAGAAGGCAGAAGCGUGGACUUAUGAGCAAAGACAGCAUAAAAAGCCCCCCAGCAGCCUCAACUUGUGGACCAAUGGCAGCACACCGCCUGACAGAGUCACCUCAGGUAAACAUCCCUCGUUAGGUGAUUGCCUCGUUACCCAUUGUAACUCGCUCCCUUUUCCCCACGCAGAAGACCACGUGUGUCUCUUGGACUGCAUUGCUCUGGAUCUGCAGCAGAUGGAUAUAUUUGCCGCGGAGCGCCUGCCGUGCCAACCGUGUGACCGAGGCUGUAAAUCCACGGAAAUGUCCGAUCUUAUUUUCCCGUCUUACUCUGUCCGUCGGACGGGAGGCAACCUGCUGAAAGAGUGCUGCCGCCUCCAGCUUAAAGUGGAACGCAACCUGGACAGAGAGCUGAGCCACGCGGUGCCAGACAUGACCAUCUAUGGCAGCCUGUCUUCAGUGCAGUGCUCUCUGGACCCACAACAUUACCAGCUGAUUCGAGGGCUGCUGGAGAACAACCUCGGAGAGCCCGUUGAAGAAUUCCUGCGACCUUUCAACCUGCAGGACCCCAGCACCUACACCGUGUUAAGUGGAGAUGUCUACACCAACUUGUCCAUCCUGGUGGACAUGAUGGAUGUCAGUCUGGAGCUCACGGACCACAGCAAAUCCAGCGGGCACAAACGCUCUCUAGCAAGAUUUAACUUCAUCAAAUCCAAACUGCUCUUUGAGAGUUUCUCCAACGGCUCCAAGUCCGUCAACUUGGUGUCUCACUCGCUGCUUGCAUACGACACUCGCUGCACUGGACAACACAAGAAGUCUGGACGUGACGGGACCUGCAGGCACAAUGUAUUCCACUGCAUCCUCCAGCCUUCCAAAACUGGCAGCAACCAGGCUUCUCUGCAGCUGGAACUGCAUUACAGAUCCACACAGGACUCCUCCUGUUUUACGGUGGUCCUGAACAACCUGAGGGUCUUUCUCAUCUUUGACUGGCUGCGGCUGGUGCAGGACUUCCUGCAAACGCCGGUGAGAAAGCCCUCAGGUGCAGAGAACCUCAGUCACAUCAGCACGGACUCGGGAGCCGCCGCUGCUGCCGUCACUACCACCAUACCAAAGAGGGUCAAGAGCGGUGUGGUCACCAAGAGGUCCACGGUGCCGGUUACCCUCAACCGCUGCCUGGAGGUCAAGGUCAAUGUGACAGGCACAGAGUUUGUCAUAGUGGAGGACGCCAACUGCCUGGAUACCAACGCCAUCAUCCUCAAAGGCACCACUGUCCUCACCUACAAGCCUCGUCUCUUGGACAGACCUUUCUCUGGAAGCCUUGCUGGCAUCGAGGUGUUCUCCUGUUGUCUGGGCAGCGAGCAGGAGACCGCUCUGUCCAUCGUGGAUCCGGUCAAUGUUCAGGUGGAGCUCUGUGGCAGCCCCACCUACCAGAGCAGCUCCGGUCUACUGGACGCCUUCAGUGUGGAGGACAUCCCACCGCUGCUGGAGAUCCAGUUUCCUGUUCUGGACAUCCGCCUGUCCUACAAUGACAUUCAGCUCUUCUUGGCCAUCGCCAAGUCCAUCCCCGAUGUCAACGCUUCUGACUCGGAUGUUGCCACUUCAACUCAAACUGUGCCUGCCCACGCAACCAAACCAAGUCUUGCCCAUAUAGAGGGGCAGCUCAUUCAUCUGCAGGAUCUUGGCUUCCGGAAGGAAGACUGCAAAAAGGCCCUCCUCCUCUGUAAAGGCCAUCUGGACCAGGCUGCCACGUGGUUGCUUGAAAAUGCAGAGAACAUGGCAGGCCGGUCCAAAGCCGGCGCCGACUGUGCUUCUUCCAGUCAGGCAGCUGCUCUGUCUGGGAUAGAAGUGAAGGCAGAGAGCAUCUGCAUCUGUUUCAUUGACGACUGUCUGGACCGUGACAUACCCCUUGCUGAGCUCACCUUCUCACGACUAAAUGUCUUGCAGCGCAUUGGUUCCACCCAGGAAGGACAUGCCAGCUGUAGUUUUUCAGGAGACUACUACAACAGAGAGUUGGCAGGAUGGGAGCCCUUCAUGGAGCCCUGGCCGUGCUCCCUGUCCUGGCAGCAGCAGGCGGCUGGCAGACUCCACCCUCCACGUUUCAAGAUGAGCGUUCGAGCCAAGCAGCGACUUGACGUCAACAUCACUUCUGUGCUGCUGGAACAGUACAACACAACCAAGACAUCUUGGAUAGCAGACUACUGGAAGAAGGAUGAGCAGACCAGUCAGUCCUCACCCACCUUGUCCUGGGUCGGCUCCUCCGUGGACCCGCCCAGCUUUGGACACAGUGCUCCCCUCGCUCACCUCAGGACUCGGAGCUCUGCCAGCUUGACCGCUUUUGAUCAACCAGCUUCAGACUCCCGAGAUGUUAAAGUGUCCAAGAAGAGGCAGCCAUUCGUACCUUAUGCUCUGUGCAACCACACAGGAUGCACCAUGUGGUUCGCCACUCUGACUACCACCCCCACCAGAGUGGCACUUUCUCACAGCAACAGUGCAGACGCCAUCGCAGACAUGCACGGUCCAGGCAGUGAUGACGGCCACAAUGUCAGUCAGUGGAGAGAAGUCUGUCCUGGGGAGGAGAUUCCUUUUGAGUUUGAAGCACGGGAGAAACUUCGCCACAGGCACACUCAUGAGUUGAAGCUGCACCAGCUGCUGGUGCGGGUGUGCGGCUGGGAGCAGGUGAAGCCCGUGUCUGUGGACAAAGUGGGCGUGUUCUUCCGUUACGCAGCUCCAGACAGAAACAAUGCAUCCAACAUUGUGGGCAGUCCUAUCAGCAGGACCAACAUCAUCCACCCACAUGUCUAUUUCUCAGCAUUGCCACCAGUGAGAGUGGUCUUCUCCAUCACCAUGGAGGGAAGUGCCAGGAAGGUGAUAACUGUGAGAUCUGCCCUCAUUCUGAAGAACCAGCUGGAUGUUCCCAUGGAGAUCAGACUUGACAGCCCCUCUGCCCCCGACAAACCCGUGGUGUUGCCUCCUAUAUUGCCUAACCAGGCCUUGGCGGUUCCCCUCCACCUGACCUCAUGGCGUCUACAGGCCCGGCCCAAGGGCCUGGGCUUGUUCUUCUGUAAAGUUCCCAUCCACUGGACCAGUGUGGAGCGAGCCGGAGAGUUGAGCAGCAGCAGGAGGGAUUGCCAGUCAGCAGACUUUGACCUCAAGCGGAACUUCAGGUUUUGCGUGGUCAUCAAAAAAGAGCACUACCCUGACCAGCGGCCUGCCAAGAAGGUGUCCGGUACCACAAAGGAGAUCUAUCGCCAGCCGGGCCACACCAUCUUUCUAUUGCCCACGGUGGUGCUGGCCAACCUGCUGCCCUGCGACCUCAACUACUACGUGAAGGGCACCUCCAUCAAAGGCUCUCUGAAGCCUGGCAAAGAAGCCGUGCUUCAUGCCAUGGACACGUCCCAGAACAUGGAGCUAGGUGUGCUGUUUGAGAACUUCCCGCUAUGCAAAGAGCUGCUCAUUCCUCCGGGAACCCAGAACUAUGUGGUCCGAAUGAGGCUGUACGACACCAACAAGCGUCUGCUCUGCCUCACCAUUCGCAUCAUUCUGCGGGCACAAGGGGCGCUGAAGAUCCUGAUCUCUGCCCCCUACUGGCUGAUCAACAAGACAGGCCUUCCCUUAAUAUUCAGACAAGACAAUGGCAAAGUGGAUGCAGCAGGCCAGUUUGAUGAGCAUGAACUGGCCCGAAGUCUCAGCCCGUUACUCUUCUGCUACACCGACAAGGAACAGCCGGCUAUGUGUACUAUGCGGGUUGGAAAGGGGAUCCAUCCAGACGGCGUUCCGGGUUGGUGCCAAGGUUUCUCCCUGGAUGGAGGAAGUGGAGUCCGGGCUGUGAAGGUCAUCCAGCAUGGUAACAGGCCUGGCCUCAUCUACAACAUUGGUAUCAGCGUGCGGAACGGAAAGGGACGCUACCGAGACACUCACAUUGUGACCUUUGCCCCCCGCUACUUGCUGGACAACAGCUCCUCACACAAGCUAGCCUUUGCUCAGCGGGAGUUUGCCCGGGGAAAGGGGACUGCCAACCCCGAGGGUUACAUCUCCACCCUGCCGGGCUCCAGCGUGGUCUUCCACUGGCCCAGGAAUGACUAUGACCAGUUGUUGUGUGUGCGCCUGAUGGACUCGCCCACCUGCACCUGGUCAGGAGGCUUUGAGGUCAACAAGCCAAAGUCCUUUCACGUCAACAUGAGGGACACCAUGGGGAAUUGCUUCUUCCUCCGGACGGAGAUCACCAUUAAGGGCGCCACCUACCAGGUCUCCUUCACUGACACGGACCAACUGCCCCCACCAUUCCGUAUCCACAACAUCUCUGAGGUCCCUAUCCAGUUCUGGCAGCACGGUGUGGUGGACAUCAAGCUGCACACCGAGGUGAAGGCCGACUCAGAGCUGGACUACGCCUGUGACGAACCAACACUGCCGCCAUACCUGACUCUCACCGUGAAAGGAGCCGGGUCCUCCGAGGUCACAGCUGACAUGAACUUCUUCCGAGAAUACAACAAGCUCUACUACGAGAACUUCAUCUACAUCGCAGCCACCCACACCUUCUCACAGAGUGGCGGCAGGAGACGAGUUGGCAAGAAGCAUCUGGUAACUUGUGCUGAGUUGGUUCUUGAUGUGGACACCAAGACACAGAGGGUCAUCUUGAAGAAGAAGGAGCCUGGCAAACGCUCCCAGCUCUGGAGAAUGACGGGCAAAGGUAUGCUCUGUCAUGAAGGCUCCUCUCCGCCGCAGAGCAAGCCUGCUCAGCCACGGCCCAUGGACUCUUCUCUGGUCCUGGACAUUGCAGGUCUUGCAGCUGUCAGUGACAACAGUUUUGAGCCAUUGAUGCUGAGGAGACCAGACCCUCGACGCAGCACCACCCAGACUUGGUACUUCAGCUCCUGCAUGCUGACUUGUGGACUUCCCCGCCUCGUAGUACAGGUGAGGGGCGGCAUGGAGGGUCUAUACGAUGGAUCCGAAGUGGUGUUGGGACCGGACUCUGGGCUUAUGGAACCCGGUCCUGAACAGCAGUUCAUCAACCAGAAGAUGAGGCCCGGCUCUGGGGUGUUGUCUGUCCAGGUGCUGCCAGAUGGACCCACACGGGUUCUGCAGAUCAGUGACUUGAACCAGAGAAGAAUGGUCCACAAGUCAGCAGCUGCAGAGGCAGACAAGAACAAAGAGGAGGUGAAGAAGAAGGAGCCAGAACAGGAGCUGGAGGUGUUGGUGAACCUGGAGGAAGGUAUCGGUGUGUCGCUUCUCAACAAGGUUCCUGAGGAGCUGGUGUUCGCCACACUGUCGGGUAUUGAUGUCCACUUCACACGCACGGCUGCCAACGAGGUGUUGGAAAUGAGCAUCAGCAACAUCCAGGUGGACAACCAGCUGCUGGGCACCACCCAGCCUGUGAUGCUGUGUGUGACUCCAAUGUCCAGUGACGGCUUGGUGCUUGACAGCGGGCCAGCCUUGCAAGUCAACUCCGUCAAAGUUCCCAGCAGCCUGAUGCUCACUGAUAUCUUCAAGCACCUGAUGGUGACAGCUGGACGCUUUAGUGUGAUCAUCGAAGAGAAGUUGCUGCUCAAACUACUCAGCUUCUUUGGGUAUGGACACACCGAAGCAGAGCUGGAGAAACUGGAUGAAAACCUCCAUGAGAGACCCAACAGGGAUGCAGGACCCCCCAAACGCUACUACUUUGAGAACCUGAAGAUCAGCCUCCCUCAGGUCAAGCUGAGUGUCCUCACCUCUCACAAGCUGCCUGCCGACCUCAAGGCUUUGAAAGGUACCUUGGGGUUUCCGCUGGUUCGUUUUGAGGACGCCGUUGUCAACAUGUACCCGUUCACCAGAGUGCACCCCUACGAGACCCAGGAGAUCAUCAUCAACGACAUCCUCAAGCAUUUCAGAGAGGAGCUGAUCAGCCAGGCAGCCCAGAUCUUGGGAUCCGUGGACUUCCUGGGGAAUCCGAUAGGACUCCUCAACGACGUGUCUGAGGGUGUGUCGGAGCUCAUCAAGUACGGCAACGUGGGCGGUCUCAUACGCAACGUGACACAUGGCGUGUCCAACUCUGCUGCCAAGUUUGCAGGGACCUUAUCUGAUGGGCUGGGGAAGACCAUGGACAACCGCCACCAGACGGAGCGAGAGUACAUCAGAUACCACGGCGCCACUAGUGGAGAGCACCUGGUCGCAGGCAUCCACGGACUAGCUCAUGGGAUCAUAGGAGGCAUGACCAGCAUCAUCACGUCCACUGUGGAGGGCGUGAAGACGGAGGGUGGAGUCACCGGCUUCUUCUCUGGUCUGGGUAAAGGUCUGGUCGGCACGGUGACCAAACCAGUGGCGGGAGCGCUGGACUUUGCUUCCGAGACGGCACAGACGGUCCGAGACAUGGCCAGUCUCAGUAACCACAGGUUAAGUGUACAACGUGUGAGGAAACCUCGCUGCUGCAAAGGUCCUCAGGGUCUUCUGCCUCGCUACUCGGCCCUGCAGGCUGAGGGUCAGGAGCAGCUCUUCCGCCUGACAGACAACAUCCAGUCUGAGUUCUUCAUCGCCGUGGAGCCCAUCGACAGCUACAGCGUGCUCAUCUCCUCCAAAGUGGUCUACUUCCUGAAGCCUGGAGACCAGGUGGACCGUGAGGCCAUUUUCCUGGAGAUCAAGUAUGACGACCUGUACCACAGUCUGGUGUCCAAGGACCAUGGGAAAGUCUAUGUGCAGCUCACCAAGAAGGCUGAAAGCACCAGCAGUGGAGUCGCCAUGCCGGGACCCUCUCACCAGAAGCCCAUGGUGCAUGUGAAGACUGAAUCUCUGGCUGUCAAAAUCUCCCAAGAAAUCAACUAUGCCAAGAGUUUGUAUUACGAACAACAGCUGAUGCUGCCUGCCACUGACAACCAGGACUGCUUGUUGCUGGAGUCCUGAUCUCACACACACACACACACACACACACACACACACACACACACACACACACACACACACACACACACACACACACACACACACACACACACACACACA